UUCCCACCUUUCUUUUACCCCCAAAUUAAAAAAAAAAAAAAAACCCUGGAAAAAUCCUAGACUUUCCUUCAAAAAUUCAAACCUUUUUCGCAAUUACCCAUACUUUCUUUCAAUUCCCUUCAAAAUUUCAAUUCCAAGAAAUUCAAUGUUCAAUUCAGAGCUCUCAUUUCCCCCUGAAGACUGGAACGGUUUCUUUCUUUUUUUCCCCUAAUUUUCUUGGAAUAACAAUUCCUCACAUUUUGGUUACUUUUUGAUGACUGCUUCAAUCACCCUUUUUUUGUAAAGUUAUUAAUUACCCAAUUUGAUUUUGGUCAUGCUGAUAGUGUAUGAUUAACAAAGUUUACAUUUUGCUGUACAAAUCUAAAGAAUUUUUACUUUUUUUUUUUUUUCUGUUUAACACUAGGGGCUUUUGAUGAUAAAUUUUAAUCGUCUUUUAUGUUGUAAAGUACUUAUUUUCAGAGGGUAUUUUGGGGUUUUUAACGCUUGGAGAUGAUGGAUAGCAGUGAAGAAGCAGUCGAUGAUCAAGGCUCAGGAUGGUUUGAAGUGAAAAAGCAUAGAAGCAGCUCAAAGUUUUCCGUACAAAGCUGGGUUGGGGGACCUUCAGCCAAAAGUGCUAAUAAUUUGAUGAGAGGUCAGCCCUUGUUGAAUGAGAAGGCUGGAACUGUGCAAGGAAAAGGCAGAUCUCAGCUUCAAACAUCUGGAAGGAAUUUGGAUGUACAUAACCGGGGUUAUCUUGCAAAUUCUACUGCUGAGUCAAAUGAAGAUAAAAAGAACAUGUUUUAUCUUGAUAAAUGUGUUCUUAAGAAAGACCAUGAAAACCCCAAAUCUCCUUCUUUUGUUAAACAUUGUGAUGGUAGCUGUGAAGAUAACUCAAAACUUCUGUCAAAGGAUAAACCCCAUAUAGUUCACAAAAUCAAGUGGGGUGAUUUAGAAGAUGAUGUUCUGGUAGCACGUCAUGAAAACAACGUUGGAACUGAAAUCAUGUUUGGCAAUAUUGGAGAUGAUAAUGUGCUUGUCUGUUUGAAGCAUGAGAAUACUGGUAAUUCAAUUUCAUGUAGUUCUUGUACUAACCUCCAAGAAAACACAGUGGAAGUGUCCGUGGAUGUUGAGGGUCAUUCUUGUCAGGUAUCUCCAUUGACUCCUAAAGAUGAACUAAUGGAAGAAACCUGUAAAGAGGUAAAUGAAAUAUCUUCAGAAGUUGUGGAAGUGCAGACGGACAAUGACAAAAUAAUUUCUGAGGAUGAUGGUUGCAAGGAAAUAUGUACUGAACACAUCAAACCAAUAAAGGAUAAUAAGGUAGAUUCUAGCUUUCUAUCUUGUCAAGCCUCUGGAACAGCGGUGAGACCUGAGAUGCUUGAAGUCGUAUUGGAGGUUGGCAAACCAAAAACAUCUGAAGUACCUAUUGUAGAUUGUGGUUCAAGCAUAGAGAUGGUUUCCCAGGAUGCAGUGUCACUUCCACCCGAGAAUAGUGGACCUGAAACUUUGAGAGAAUCAAUUAUGACAGAUUCUAUACAGGAUGGUAGAAAACCUGAUCUGUCAAAAGCUCAAAUUAUAACUGCGCUUGGAGAAGGUGAUGCAGGGGAAAGCAAAGAAAGGUUUAGGGAACGGCUUUGGUGUUUCCUAUUUGAGAAUCUUAAUAGGGCAGUAGAUGAACUUUAUCUUCUUUGUGAACUAGAAUGUGAUCUGGAGCAGAUGAAAGAGGCCAUUCUUGUUCUUGAAGAGGCUGCUUCUGACUUUAAAGAAUUAACUACAAGAGUGGAAGAGUUUGAGAAUGUGAAAAAGUCCUCUUCUCAAUUGGUUGACGGUGUGCCAAUUACUUUAAAGAGCGACCAUAGAAGGCCACAUGCUCUUUCAUGGGAGGUUCGGAGAAUGACAACUUCACCUCACAGAGCAGAGAUACUGUCUUCAUCCCUAGAGGCUUUUAAAAAAAUUCAACAAGAUAGAGCUGGCCUAUGUCCAGGUAAUGGCAAAAAAUCCCUGGGGCAGGACAAUUCUAAUCGGGCUUCUACAUCUGGUGAUAAUUUGAAGAAGUCAGUUAUGCUGUCUAAUGUAACAUCCAGUGAUAAAGAGUUGGGGAUAAAGUCAAGAAAACUCAGUGGAGGUUCAGAUCUUACUCAAGGGAAUCUAAAUGGAGAGAAACGAAGCAUUGAAUCAGGCAAGUUGAGCAAACUAUACUCUGUUCAAAAUGUUCGUGACCCACCAAAGAACUAUAUCCUUCCUGAUGUUGCUUCAUCUAGGCCACUUCUGAAGGACAAUUCUGCUGCAUCUGGUUCUGGAAAGAGCAGGAGAGAAUAUCUUGGGUCUGAAACUGAGAAGCUGCCUUCUAGGAAAGAUAAAACAUUUACAGAAAAUAUUGUUGAAAAAAACUCCAAAAGUUUGGAUCACAUUAAGAGGCAAACUCCUUCCGAAAAAGACAAGGAUAAGAGAAAUGCAACUUCAUGGAAAUCCAUGGAUGCAUGGAAGGAGAAGAGGAACUGGGAAGACAUACUUUCAUCUCCUUUCCGUAUUUCUACCCGUGUAUCAUACUCACCUGGAAUUGCCAAGAAAAGUGCUGAACGUGUACGUAUUUUGCAUGAUAAAUUAAUGUCCCCAGAGAAAAAGAAGAAAACUGCUGUGGAUUUGAAGAAGGAAGCAGAGGAAAAGCAUGCACGGGCCUUGAGGAUCCGAAGUGAAUUGGAGAAUGAAAGAGUUCACAAGCUUCAGCGCACCUCAGAGAAACUCAUUCGUGUCAAUGAAUGGCAGGCUGUUCGGACUAUGAAGUUACGAGAGGGAAUGUAUGCCCGUCAGCAACGUAGUGAGUCACGACACGAAGCUUUUCUGGCAGAAGUUGUGAGGAGAGCUGGUGAUGAAAGCAGUAAAGUUAAUGAGGUUCGUUUCAUUACUUCAUUAAAUGAAGAAAAUAAAAAGCUUAUGUUGCGCCAGAAACUGCAAGAUUCAGAGUUGAGGAGAGCUGAAAAACUUCAAGUGAUGAAAAGUAAGCAGAAAGAAGAUAUGGCUAGGGAGGAAGCUGUUUUAGAACGCAGAAAGCUCAUUGAAGCCGAAAAGUUACAACGCCUUGCUGAGACGCAGAGGAAAAAGGAGGAGGCUCAACUUAGAAGGGAAGAAGAACGGAAGGCAUCAAGUGCAGCCAGGGAGCAAAGGGCCAUAGAGCAGCUUCGGAGGAGGGAGGAAAGAGCUAAAGCUCAGCAAGAGGAAGCUGAACUUCUAGCACAGAAAUUAGCUGAAAAACUUAGUGAAAGUGAGCAACGUCGUAAAUUUUACCUUGAACAAAUACGGGAGAGAGCUUCUAUGGAUUUUAGGGAUCAGUCUUCACCUUUACUGCGUCGAUCUGUUAAUAAGGAGAGCCAGGGCAGAUCUACACCAACCAACAGUGCUGAUGAUUGUCAAGCAAAUGGCAGUGCCAUUUUAGGAAAUUCUGCACUUGCAACAGGCAGUGGUGCUUUGCAACACUCGCUGAAACGAAGGAUAAAAAGAAUUCGGCAAAGACUUAUGGCUUUGAAAUUUGAAUUUUCUGAGCCUCCUGCUGCUUCUGAAAAUAGCAGUAUUGGAUAUAGAACUGCAGUGGGAACUGCAAGAGCAAAAAUUGGGAGGUGGCUUCAGGAACUUCAGAAACUUCGUCAAGCAAGAAAAGAAGGAGCCUCAAGUAUAGGGUUAAUAACUGCAGAAAUGAUCAAGUUUUUGGAGGGAAAGGAACCUGAGCUACAGGCUUCUCGCCAAUCUGGUCUGCUUGAUUUUAUUGCUUCUGCGCUGCCUGCUUCACAUACAUCAAAACCUGAGGCUUGUCAGGUGACAAUACAUCUUUUAAAACUUCUGAGGGUGGUGUUAUCCACUCCUGUGAACAGGAGUUAUUUUCUUGCCCAGAAUCUUUUACCUCCUAUGAUCCCCAUGCUGUCAGCAGCACUUGAGAACUAUAUAAAGAUUGCUGCAUCUUUAAAUGUACCUGGAAGCAGCCACUCACUUUCAUGCAAAACAUCACUUGAAAAUUUUGAAUCAGUCUCUGAAGUAUUAGAUGGUUUUUUAUGGACUGUCUCCUCAAUUAUUGGUCAUAUAAGCUCUGAUGAACAGCAACUCCAAAUGCGGGAUGGCUUGCUGGAGUUAUUAAUUGCCUACCAAGUUAUUCACCGGCUCCGAGAUCUUUUUGCACUGUAUGAUAGGCCUCAGGUUGAAGGGUCCCCAUUCCCUUCAUCUAUUCUCUUGAGUAUCCAUCUACUGGUGGUUUUGACAUCCAGUCCUGGAAAUAGUUCCAUCAAUUGGGAAUCUUUACCUAUUGAAAUGGAACUGGGUGAUGAAAGUCAAGAAACUAAGAUUGCAGCCUCAGCUGAUUCUGGAUGUUCCUUUGUAAAUAAUAACACUGGAGACAUUAUAGCUCCAUUAUCUAUGCUAAAUGGUAGCACAGUUGUGUCACUAUCUGAUGUACCAGAGGAUAGACCAUUACAUGAACCGUGUAGAAUAAAUAAGAAUGAUAUUCCAGUAUUCACCAGCAAAGGUGGUGAAAAGAGGACAACUGAUAGUUCAGUUGAGUUGAACAAUCUUAUCACUUCCAAGAUAGAUGUUACCGAUGUAUCACAGAAAACUCUAGUUGAGCAGAAGGAAGAGAAACUCGACAUCAUUGCCAGGGAGGGGAAACUGAAUGAAGACAUAUCAAGCGUGAAACAACCAUUGGCAUUCCUUCUUUCCACUAUAUCUGAAACUGGAUUAGUCAGCCUUCCUUCCCUGUUGACAAGUGUGCUACUUCAAGCAAACAAUAGAUUACCUUCUGACCAGGCUUCAAAUGCCCUUCCAUCUAAUUUUGAAGAGGUGGCAACUGGAGUGCUGAAGGUUCUGAAUAAUUUGGCUCUAUUGGAUAUUACAUUUAUGCAGAGAAUGCUGGCUAGGCCAGACCUCAAAAUGGAGUUCUUCCACUUGAUGAGUUUCCUUCUUUCUUAUUGCACGAGCAAAUGGAAAGCAGCUAAUGAUCAGAUUGGUUUGCUUCUCCUUGAAUCUCUGCUGCUUCUUGGUUACUUCGCCUUGUUCCACCCCGGGAAUCAAGCUGUUCUUCGAUGGGGUAAAAGUCCCACAAUCCUUCACAAGGUGUGUGAUCUGCCUUUCAUGUUCUUCAGUGACCCAGAAUUGAUGCCGGUCUUGGCAGGGACGCUUCUUGCGGCCUGUUAUGGCUGUGAACAGAAUAAGGGUGUAGUUCAGCAGGAACUAAGUAUGGAUAUGCUAUUGUCCUUGCUAAGAUCUUGCAGAAAUAUCUUACCAACAGUCAGAUCCAAUUCAAACCCAGAAAUUCUCUUGGGAGAGGAUUUGAGUGAUUGUAAUCAGCAGGGCUCUGAUUUUAAAAGAUUUCAGGGGGAUAUUCCCCUAAGAUCUAGCCGUUACAAUGCCAGAAGCACAAGGAUCUCUGGGGGAAAGGGCAGCGGUUUAGGAAAUAGCCUCAGAGUUGGCAAGACAAGAAAUCAAAGAGACUGCAAAUCAUCAAAAACUUGUGAAGAAACAAUUAUUAGACCAAACCUUCCAGUUUUGGGAACUUCAAUAAUGUUAUACUGUAGAUUCCCUAGUAGCUUCAUUGACAGAGCAGAGCAGUUCUUUUCAGCUGGGAUCACCAAUGAGUGAAGUCUAAGGUAACCAACAUGAAACUCUUCUCAUCAUAUUUGGCAUUUAUAGGCUUUGCAGCUGAAAUUUCCAGGGGUCAGUCAUAUACCUAAAUACUGCACUAAAGACUCUUUUUAUGCUGCAGCAGAUGCUUUGCAGAAGUCUGCUACAGUUGGUUAAGAUUUUGAUCAUGAUUACUGAUUGAUCACUAGGCUUCUUCCAAGCUAUUUGUUGUGAAAUGAAUUCUUUGUAUGAAAUUUUAGUUUGGAAAAAGAGAGAAAAAAAGUACUGAGACAACUUUGACAGGUUUCGUAGUUACGUGUUUGCAUGCUUUACGGGCUUCUUAUAUCAGUCAUAUUUUAGGUCUGAGUUAUGAGUUAAGAAUCUAGUAAACCGUUGGUUCAGGAAGCUAGCGUAUGUUACAAUGGCAGGUUCUCCUUUGUCCCCUAUUAACACUUCUUGGCUGAUCUGACACUGAAGCUGUACAAGUUUUCCUUUUUCCACCAUCAUGCAUGCAUUCCAUGGCUGUGUUGUGAAGCACUGACUGCCAAAUGCUUUUUGGUCCAAAACUGUUGAGAUUAUGAAAUUCAUUUUUGAUGUUCUACACUUUGAUGCUCUCAUUUAUUUCUAUUCUGUGCUUAUUGCUAAAUACUGAGAAAAGCAGGAUAAAAAAAACCAAGGCAUAGAUGUUACCUUCUUGAUGGUAACAGCUUAAAUUUUCCAAGCCAAAAUGGGUU